AUGUGUGCCCAAAUGGAAAAAUUCUUUGAUCAGGUCGACAAACUAGGUCCGGACUUUAAAACCCGGCUGUCAGACGCUAUCCAACUAGAAUCAGUCGUCACCAAAGUUGAAGAGAAAAAGGAAAUGGCCGAGUCUCUUAAGAAACAGCUCUCCGAGUUCGGAGCGAAUGCGCAGUUAUAUGAUCCCAAAGACGGUCUACCUCCUAUAGUAUAUGCUCACUAUAACACAGAUCAGCAUGAUACAAAGAAGACAAUCCUCGUUUAUGGACAUUACGAUGUUCAGCCUGCUGGGGAUGGUUGGUCUCCUGACAUUCCACCGUUCCAACUGACGGAAGGCGAACGGAAAGACAAAAAGCCAUGUUAUUUUGGACGGGGCAGCACUGACGACAAGAGCCCAGUUCUAGCCUGGCUGAAUAUGCUUCAGGCACAUAAAGCAGCCAGGGUGGCAGUUCCUGUUAACAUCCGCUUCUUAUUUGAGGGGAUGGAAGAGUCCGGUUCCAAGGGGCUACCGAAUUUCAUAAAGAAUACCGACGAAGGCAAAGCGCUUUUUGCAAAUGUCGAUGCUGCGUGUAUUUCGGACAACUACUGGCUGGGGGCGGGAAAGCCAUGUCUGACUUACGGACUUCGAGGCAUUGCCUAUUUCAAAGCGACUGUAACUGCUCGUCAGAAUCCGCUUCAUAGCGGAAUCUACGGUGGAACAGUUUAUGAGCCUUUAACGGACCUGAUAACUCUGCUUUCGAAGCUAGUGGACAAUAAAGGGAACAUAAAAGUUCCUGGAAUGCUAGAUGACGUUCCGCCUGUGACGGAGGAGGAGAAAAAGGGGUAUGAAUGUAUCGACUUCCAAAUGAGCGAUCUUGAAGCCGCGAUUGGGAACAAGAGCUAUAUAUACGAUGAUCGUAUAGAGACUCUGCAGCACAGGUGGAGAUGGCCAUCUCUCUCUAUUCACGGAAUUUUUGGAGCCGAUUCAAGCGCUGAGUCAACAACUGCAAUCGCCCCGGAAGUGACAGCAAAAUUUUCUAUUCGAACAGUGCCAAAUAUGAAAACUGAUAAGAUAAAGAACCAGGUAACUAAGUACCUGACAGAGGAAUUCAAAAAAUUGAACAGCAAAAGUCAACUUACGAUUGAUAUGACGGAAAAUGGUGAAUACUGGGUUACUGACUCAAAGCAUAAAAAUUUUGAAGCGGGCAAGCAGGCCACGCAGACGAUUUGGGGGGUCAGACCGGACUUAACUCGGGAGGGUGGAAGUAUCCCUGUAGCAUUGGAUAUCCAGGAAGGUUUGGGAAAGGACAGCCAGGGCAACCAGAAGAGCCUCAUGUUGCUCCCCAUCGGAACAGCCCUUGAUGGAGCCCAUGGUCCCGACGAAAACAUUCCUAUUAAAAACUAUACCAAGGGAACCAAGCUCCUGGGUGCGUAUCUUCAUCAUUUUGCAAAUGCAAACUGA